AUGGGGAAUCUUCUUAAAGUUUUGACAUGCACAGACCUUGAGCAGGGGCCAAAUUUUUUCCUUGAUUUUGAAAAUGCCCAGCCUACAGAGUCCGAGAAGGAAAUUUAUAAUCAGGUGAAUGUAGUGUUAAAAGAUGCAGAAGGCAUCUUGGAGGACUUGCAGUCAUACAGAGGAGCUGGCCAUGAAAUACGAGAGGCCAUCCAGCAUCCAGCGGAUGAGAAGUUACAAGAGAAGGCAUGGGGUGCGGUUGUCCCGCUAGUAGGCAAAUUAAAGAAAUUUUAUGAAUUUUCUCAGAGGUUAGAAGCAGCAUUAAGAGGCCUUCUGGGAGCCUUGACGAGUACCCCAUACUCUCCCACCCAGCACCUAGAGCGAGAGCAGGCUCUCGCUAAGCAGUUCGCAGAAAUCCUUCACUUCACACUCCGGUUUGAUGAACUUAAGAUGACAAACCCUGCCAUACAGAAUGAUUUCAGCUAUUAUAGAAGAACAUUGAGUCGAAUGCGGAUUAAUAACGUUCCAGCAGAAGGAGAAAAUGAAGUAAACAAUGAGCUGGCAAAUCGAAUGUCUUUGUUUUAUGCUGAGGCAACGCCGAUGCUGAAGACCUUAAGUGAUGCCACAACAAAGUUUGUAUCAGAGAAUAAGAACUUACCCAUAGAAAACACCACGGACUGUCUGAGCACCAUGGCCAGCGUGUGCAGAGUCAUGCUGGAAACGCCGGAAUACAGAAGCAGGUUUACAAACGAAGAGACCGUGUCGUUCUGCUUGAGGGUAAUGGUGGGCGUCAUCAUACUCUAUGACCAUGUACAUCCAGUGGGAGCAUUUGCUAAAACCUCAAAAAUUGAUAUGAAAGGUUGUAUCAAAGUUCUUAAGGACCAGCCUCCUAAUAGUGUAGAAGGUCUUCUCAAUGCUCUCAGGUACACAACAAAACAUUUGAACGAUGAGACUACCUCCAAGCAAAUCAAAUCCAUGCUGCAAUGA